GGUCAGUUUCUUAUCACAAUUCCGUUGCAAAAGUACCUCAAAUAAUUCGUAUGAAAUUUACUUAAGUGGGGGUGUACAAAAUGUUGUUACUAUGGACAAUCAUCCUUGUUUUUCCAUUGGUUAACUUCAUUGAAUCAGCACCAACGACCGCAGCUACGAAAAUUUUAACUGAUAAGACGAAACAUAACCAGAGAAAUGGGGAAUAUCUCAGAGACGAGAAGAUGAUAAAGGAUCUUCAACAGCAACAUUGGAGCAGUUUUCAAGACCAAAGCGAUCAAGAGGGGAAGUUUUCAGUGUCUGACACGAGAUUUAGGAGGAGUCCACAGUCUCAGGAUAUCCUGAGUGUCCUCUUGAGAAAUGAUCAUCCAGAUUGCCCUCAGUAUAAGGACAGAUUUUCCCCAAAAUGCCGCCAAAAGCUGCCUAAAGUAGGAUCCCUAUCACCAAAGCAUAUUUCCGGGCUGAGAAUGUGGAAGAGUGUAAACCUGUCGGGAUUGCGUGAGGGUGCAUUGUUUGCUGAAGAACCGAAUUAUUUAUUGGUUCGUCGUGAGAUUUCAGAUAUUCCUGGAAAUUUUGGUAAAGCGACCAAAGCCCAGUGCAUCCUAUCAAAUGAACUAUCGCAACAUUUGCAGUAUAACAUUUUUGCAGACACUCUGAGAGAUCCAUUCAUCCCACCGAGAGGUCGAAAGAAAAGUAAUUACAAUAUGUUGCUAAAGAGGAAUUCACUGGAGAGCAAUCUCUUCGACAACACAGACUUAUUUAUGCCUCAACGUGGGAAAAAGAGUGGGCACAGUAAGAUGGCGAAUUUUGAUGAUAUCAUCCCAACCGAUGAGCUGUUUUUUCCCAAUCGUGGCAAGAAGGUGUUUCAGGAAAAUUUCUGGGACAAACGAGGAUUCCCACUUGAUCUCCAGGAGCAGACCCUAUUCUAUCCCAACCGAGGAAAGAAGUCUAUUCAUGCCACCAAGAGAGAAGCUGCACCAGACACUGAAAGUCUUCUCGAGGCUAAGGCAAAGAUCAAGAAGGAAUCCUCAAGUCUGGCUGAUGAUCUCCUGUCACAGGAUCUCUUCUUUCCAAAUCGCGGCAAGAAGAGGAUUGUUGACGUGCUCAUUGACACUCCCGAGGGUGGUGCUCAUAAACCACUCGAUCUGCACAAUCGAGAGCUAUUGAAUAAUUUUUCUGAGAAUCACGACACUUUCUAUUCAGAUCGUGGGCGUCAGAGAUUUCCAGCAGAUACACUCAUGACUGGUGACUUCAGCCGUACCAACGAGCCGAGACUAAAUGGAUUUUCAAAUUACUUCAUCAACUCUGGAUAUCCCGACAACGAUGCAGACUUUUUGGAUUACUACAACAAUAUGCUUGACGAUAAUCAAUAAAGAUGUAACACAGCUUUUGAUUUUCAUCUUCAAUUAAUUAUGUACAAAUGAAGCAUUAAACAACAAGGCAAUUGAAACAAUUAA